ACUUAUUUCCAUGACUUAUGGGACACCCUGUAUACAUCUUCUUCAUUGGAAAAUGUACGUUUUGGGAACGUUCGUAAUACAUAUUUCAGCCAAAGCAUGUAUUCAAACGUAGCCUGUCGUGGUGGAAACAGCUGAACCAAGACAAACUCGUCAUUAUAAUAGCGUCCAUAAUUGCCAUUAUCAUCAUAGUGAUUAUAAUCUGCAUAAUCAUCAUCAUUUUAUGCAGAAGAAAACGAGCAGAUACAAAAUUCAAUAACCCUCUGGAGAUGGAGGAACGUGAAAACUCUGAUGACGUUUCUCAUAACAUAUCAGAUCCCUUCAAAUGGCCUUUGCAACCAGGUGUUCUUGUCCAUAUUAACAAAAUGAAUAACGUCAGCAUUAGCAGACUGUCACCGAGAGUUCCCUUCAAAACAACUUCGGUAUCCAGGAUGAGGGCAUUCUCAAAAUAUAAGAGAAACAAAUCGAAAGUCUACGCCAGGUUGGAAAGACUGAAAAAGUUCCUCAGUUUGAGUAGUAGUCGAGAAAGAAUUCCGAGCGGGAUAAGGGAAAGUGAUAGAGGAGCACCAAACCUGUCCUCUACAGAAGAUAAACCGAGACUUGGGGUCGCCCUACCGCUUGGAGGUACCGCAGACCCCUUAAUUGAUCCCGACAAGGGAUUCUAUGAAAAUCUUCCCUUCCACGGUAUGCAGAACCCACCAAAUAAACCCAUAUCAAUAAUAGCACCUUUCAACCAAGGCAAUAUUUCUCAUAGUUUUGCAUCCUCAACCAAAUCAUUAAUGUCUUCAAACCAGACCAUUGCUUCUAAUCCCUACAACGUUCGAUCGGAAAAUGCAAAAAUGAUCAAGAGACACCAAUCCUUCCAUGGCUUUCAGAAUAAUAUAUCUUCACGAAAAGGUUUCUAUGAACCUGAUUCAGCUGAUUUCGAGACUACAAGUAUGUGCAAUCAGUCUCUACCAUCAAUAUUUUCGCAACUACCGCAUUUGAAAAAUCAUUCAGGUGCUUAUACAAUAUCUGGAAUAUCACCCCAUAAUAACUGGAAUGAAAACACGAGAGGUCACAUCCCAGUAUUUCCAAAAACGAAUGGUAUAAUAUCUCUGUCUUCAAAUCUAAGCAGGGUUGCUGGAAGAAAUGAAUCAAACUAUCAAAUAAGAAGAAGCGCAUCUGGAAUCAAUCUACACACUCAGAAAUAUGUUCCGAAAGCAUCUGGAACAAAAGAACCCACGAAAAAGGAGAAAGUUCUGACUCAUCGAAAACUCAAUACGAUAGUUGAAAAACGUUUCGGUUCAUUGGAUAUUAGGAAACACAAAUGCUACUCACCAACGUUCUACUCCAUGCGAUGCAAAAAACAUGCUAAGAAACGUCCAAUAGUUGUUGCUCUACCGAAGAAGUGCUUCAGUGAGCUAGCACUGUGUCAAAAACCCUGUCUCGUGUAUGAUAAAGUUAACGAUUCAACUGAUAGUGUCCAUGUUACUGAAGAAAGACAAGAAACUUGCGAGCAUACAAAAACAACAAUUCCCGUUCCAGCUCCUCGAUGUAGCAAAUCCACACCAGAAAUUGUGUAUGCCAAUAUUUCAGGAUACCUGAAGGAAACAUCACAAGAAGGUGGAGGAAUUUGCUUGGACAGUUCUAGUGAGAGUACUAACAAUGAAAUAGCUGAUACAUCGACCGUAGAAGUUUUAGUUCAUGCUUCCAGUGAAGUUGUUAGAAAUGACAAGAAAAUUAAUGAAUCAUGUGAUGAUAAUAAAGUAUUGAACAAUGAUAAUUGCCUUGCUAAUGAUAAGAAGACAAAAAAUGGAGAUAACCAGAAAGCCAAAUUGGUCGCUGUGAGUUCAAAAGCAAAUAUGCCUCUACCAUCCAUAUCUUCUCAUGCUUUGAAAAACUCACCAAUCCUCAAAGUCAGCCCCAAUUUUGUGAAACCUAAGACCGAGAGUCCCAAAGGUGCGCUAUCACUCCAGAUCAAAUCAAAAAUCAAGACUCCACCUGUGCUGAGUCCUUCCAAUCCGGAAAAAACUAUUUUGAUGAACGUUGAGGAUGACAAACCAACUGAGCAAUUUUCCUGUGUUCCAAGAAUGCCUAUCUUGAAUCCCUCUAAUAAAUGGAGUGCUAAUAUUGCUAAUAGCAACUGCCAGAAUGCAUUUUAUACGCUUACAACCCCACAUUUCAAACAACUGGGCACGGUUGUCCCACCCCAGUACUCGGCAACGAUACCUCAUCAAAAACAUACCAAACUAAUGCCGAAGGCUCUGUUUCAAGAGCAAGUACAAAAGAGCAAAUCGUUCUCUUCCAAAUCAAAACCGAAAAAGCACCAUUUCCAAAUCCCGCUUCAGAAAUGCCACAGUUUCAAGUACCAAACUGCCGAGAGCUAUUUCCAGCCGAUAAAAAACCUCCACGAAGAAAAUCUUAUGAAGAACGGCUAUGUAUCGGAUUAUCCAGAAGGUAGCCAUAGGCCGAGGCAUCAGAAGCGAGAGAAGCCCAGGCAAAAGACCAAAGGUCCUCUUGUGCUGAGGAGACCUGGCGAUCACCAGGAAAACGUGCAUUUCCAGGAAAACGUGCAUUUCCAGGAAAACGUGCAUUUCCAAGAGAACAUGCAGAACUCCGUGCAGCUUCAAUACCCCCAGCCUUUGCUCGGUUGCGGCAUGCUGGAUGUAGCUAACAAGCCUAACGGUGUUGUGUACGCAGAUCUUGACAUUCCUGCGAAUAACAAGAAUAGGAGCCUGCACGACUCUGGUUCUUCCAGAAGCAAAUCGCAAAAUUCCAAACCAAAGACUGAAUACGCAACACUCAAAUUCAAUGAUAUUGGUCAAGAAAUUGACCCUUACAGACCCGAUCCCUGUGAUUUGGACUAUGCAGACGUAGAUUACAAAUCCUACGGACCCAUCAAUUACAAAGCAGCCUCGAUUUAUGCUGCAGUGAAGCGGAAUGUGAACAAUAACAAUAAAGUGGAAGAAAUGAACAAGGAGGAUAUUCUAUGAACUGUGCUCUUUGAUGAUAUGUUACUGUUGAUUACAAUGUUUACACUCGAAACGUUGCUGUUGAAUGAGUUAGAUUUCGAAUCUAUCACAGUCUCUCAUGCUAAUUCUUAUGAAAAUCAGUGAAAUAAUAAUAUUCAGUGCAGCGUCUGGUAUAUCCAAUCCAAUGCAACAGGUAUGGUUACCAGCUGCUUUUUAAUUUUUCAAUCAUUCAUAUGCAUCGGAUAUUAUAUCAAUUAUCAAAUCGAAUAUUUUAAUUGUAAAAAGGUCAUAAAUUUCAAAAAACAUAUCGAUGUUUAUUGUGAUCAUAAUACCGCGGAUUUCAAUUAUCUUAUUCAUAGUUUGUAGUAGGUAUAGGUAUCAUAUUGGAUCGAAGUUUAUACAACAUCAAUUGCAGAAUAUCCCGCACCAUGUGUACGAUAUUCUGCAAUUGAUUCUGAAUAUACUUUAUCAAGCAGCAUUGAUGCUAUCAUGCAUGAAAUUCAGACAUCUUCAAUGAUGAAGUAUUGAUGUCAUUACCUAUUUGUAUUUGAAUGCUUAUCAUAUCAUCUCAUCAUUUUAUUUCAACAUAACCGAGUACUAAACUAUUCAAUUCUAAGUUUCCUCUUGCACUUAUUUGUUUAAAUUUUGCCACUACCUUUAUCUAAGAGCGAUAACGAUAGUUGAGGUUUCAAUUUGAAAGUUAUUUUCAUGUCGAUUUCACUUAUGUGUUGAAUUGACAUCAAAAAUAUAUUUUAUAAGAGUGGUGGGUUGACAAGCCGUGGAAAUAAUUAUCUAACGAUUGUAAUUAUCUAUUGAAUACAUUGAAGCAAAUAUUUAUAAUGUACUGUUGGAGAAAUUUCAAAUUCCAAUAAUGACCUAAUGAAUCAUAUGUCAUGUUCGAAUCGCCGAAUGAUCUUUGGAAGAUAGGAAGUAAUAGAAUCCAUGCUCAAUUUUCGAAUCGUCUCCCAAGGCUUAUUCGUCAGUAUUUAUAUUUUAGUUUUGGUGCCAAAGAGAACUUGAAACUUAACGUCCAUUUGAAUAUUCGAAUAAUUUGGUGUGGUGCUGCAAAAAUUGUGAGUUUUUAACCUUAUUCAGAAGGAUCUAUAUUUAGAAUAUUAUAUCUAGAAGUUGUAUAGCCAUUAUUACCUUUAAACUAUCUCUCUAUCAUCUUGUAGAUAUGUAUAUUGAAAAAACUAAUCUAUAUCAUAGUCCUUAUGCUGUUUAAUAAAUAAACCGUACUUAGA